UGAAUCUGCUGCAGGCUACAGCGCAGGAAUGCAAUUAUUAUAUAUUUAUAUUAUAUCUUUAUUUAUAUCUCUGUAUUUCACAUAUAUUGUUAAUACAGAAUUGACUGGGAACACUUUUGUUUCUGCCAGAAAUCCGAUGAGAAGUAAAUGAUAUGAUGUGUCAGUCGGGUGGAGCUCCUACAGACGGUAGAAAAAACACCCCCCCUCCCCCGUCCCCAAGCUUCCAGCGAGCUGUUACCUAGCAACCGUUACAAACGAACUGGUCUUCAGUUUGUACAGAGUGAAGGUGCGUGUUAGAAGAGAUAAUGAGCGGCCGGAUGACUCUGGAGGGAGCCGGGUGCAUCACCUGGUGGGGCUUCGGACCAGCCAGAGAUCUGCUCGAGAAACGGAAAAGUCAAAUGCCGAGACAACAGACGGAGCUGAACGUUUUGCUGGUGGGCAGCAGCGACCCAAGACACAUCCUAAAGACCAUCUCAGGCCUCGGGGACUCGGACACACUCCAUGUUUGGGUGAUAGAGAACAGUAUGGAAGUGGUCGCGAGACAACUGCUGCUCCUCUACAUAUCUCUGAGUGCUCCGGAAAGCAUGGGCAUGCAGGAGAAAACAGAUGUCUUCCUCGAGCUGUUCGGGAACAGCAAGAUCCGCUCUGAAACCCACGACAAGCUGAAGCACAUCGCAGCUCGACUGUUUCUCUUAGUCACCGACACAAUGGCCACAGAGACAGACACACACAUACACCCCUGCCUAGACACUAGCCUUCUUAAGUUUAAGGAGCGAGACGAACUGGCUCGGAUCUUUAAGCAGUGGCAGCAUCCCCCUUCCCCUCCGCUCAGUAUGUGUAAGGUGUGGGACGCUCGUGUCAGACAGCACCUGGGGACGCGCUACGAUGCCCGCAGAGGCUGCUUCGACUGGGAUCUCGCCAUGAAACUACACGACAAAGGAUGCGGAGUGAUACACAAACAGGACUACAUAAAAUGGAGGGAAAGCGGUGUGGCCUUUGAGAUGAGGGAGGGACUUUACUGCAUUGCUAAUCAGAGCCUUCUGUCCACACGCUUGUUCAUGCAGAGAGAAAACAGGGUGGGAGCCCGAGGCUACUGGGGAGACAUUGUCUCAAGUCCGUAUCUGUCCUUCGGCAUUGAAACUGACAACAAAGAACUUCUGAAGACAGAAAACAACCAGCAUGUAAAGACCGCUCAGAACAUCUCUUUAGACAACCUGCAGAAGUUAUUUAUGUCCCUGAACAUUAGAGGAGGACACGCCACUGUCUUUAAUCCCACCAAGGAUGCGUUCAAUGACCCGUCAAUCCCACCAGGAGAAACACGUCAGUCAGAAGAGGAGCCGGCGUCUGCCGCCGAUCAGAAGGAAACGGUUGAGCUUGACAACCAACGACAUGCAGAAGACAAGCAGAAGAGCUACCAAAUAGAGCUGAUGAAUCUACCCCGGGUAACCGUGUCGUUUCUGUCUCUGGACUCUCUGCCCAAACUGCCCGUGAAAAACAAAUACUGCCGUCUGUUCAACGCCGUCUACUUUUCCGCCAGCAUGGUGCACCAUUUGGACCCCUCCCUGACACAGACAGCAGCACCAGACGCCGUGCUGAUUAUAGAGCUCGCCAAGUACCUGUUGGACUUGUCUAAGGAGCAGGAGUCUGCUUUUGCAACGAGAGUGAACGAAAUCGCUAAACAAGUGGGGUUCGUCCCGGCUCACGCGAAGGACAACGACGCGUAUGCCGUGUUCACACUGCAAAAAGACUGACAUUUACAUUUACAGCACGUACGUCCUUAUCCAGAGCGACGUACAAAAGUUCUUUGAAGUCUGGAUCCUAAAACACUGUUACAAACACUUUUAUU